GCAAAACAAACCCGCAAACGGCAGGCUAGCGCGGCGCGGAGCGGACGCUGCGGGACAGGCGCGUGUGGGAACGCGCGCGCGCGUGUGUUUGUACGGUGCGCGUACAAAGACAUUUUACCAGUGCAGUGAAAGUCAUCAGACAGUGUGACAGUGAAGUGAACCACAAGUGACGCCCCGUUCUGGAUUUGGCAGGGGCCCGCAAGAAUUGUGUUCCCAGUGGUGGAUUAAAAAUAACCAAGAGGCUGGGCGCGUUGGCCCCGCAGCCAUGAUGCCGGCAUGAGCGCGGCGGGGAGCCAGGGGCCUAACGCCCUGGGGCCCCAGUAUGGCGGUGUCGGGGGAGGGGGCGGCUACUCGGUCCCCACCCCGACCUCCACCGUGCACGACGACUACCCGCACGACGUGAAGGUGUCCGCCGCGUCGGGACUGCCGCCCUUCAGCUCGUUCGAGAUGGCGGACGUCGGCCACACCUACACGCAGCUGGACCACCCCGCGCCAUGGGACUACUACGGCGAGGGCCUGACGGGCCGCCUCAUGGACCGGGACAUGCACAACAUGCACCAGCCCAACUACCGGCCGUGGGAGAGCAAGCCCCUGGACGGCAGCGACCCGGGCCCGCCACCGCCCGGCCACCCCAACGGGGGCCCGCCCGGCUUCCCCGGCAGCAAACUGCCGUCCUUCCAGUCGCAGUUCUCGUUCGGCGAGCAGCAGAACCCGGACGGCACGCUGACGCCGCUGCCGCCGUCGUCCACCCCCGCGUCGCCCAGCAGCACGUCGUCGGGGCUGCCUAGCUUCCACACGCUGUCCGCCGUGCCCGUGCCCGGCGUGCCCGUCGGCGUCCCCCGGGGCUACCCGCUGGUGCCGGCGCCCGUGCAGGCGCGCGAGGUGCCCGCCAUCCAGCAGCAGCUCAUGGACGAGCGGCACAUCCACCUGGCCUUCGGCGGCGUGCCCCCGGGCGUACCGCCGCCGGGCGUGCCCCCGCCGGGGCUGCCGCCCCACCAGCAGCUGUCGCAGUUUCACCAUCCGCUGAUCCCCGGCCACCCAACCCACCCGGGCCACCCGGCCCAUCCUGGCCACCCCGGCCACCACCCGGUGCUCACCAUGGUCAAGAGCGAGCCCGUGACCAUCGUGACGUCGACGCCGCCCCAGCUGACGCAGCUCCACCACUCCAACUUCCAGAACCCCAUGAGCAUGUUGGACAAGUGCGACGAGAACGGCCACCUCGGCAAGCUGGAGGACGCUGGCCUGCGCGGCCUGGACUCGCGGAAAAAGGAGCGCAGAAAGGCGCGGGCCUCCUCCAUGGAGAGCUCGGCCGAGUCGGACGGCGCGGGCUCCAGCAGCCUCGAGUCGUCCGGCCAGGUCGCCGCCGUGUCGUCGACGGGGUCGGGCUUCAAGUCGCCGCUGCAGACCGCGCCGCCCGUGACGCAGGGCCCCGGCUCGGACGACGGCGAGAGCUCGUCCGGCGAGAAGCCCGUCAAGAAGAAGCGGAAGCGCUGCGGCGAGUGCAUCGGCUGCCAGCGCAAGGACAACUGUGGCGACUGCGCGCCGUGCCGCAACGAGAAGAGUCACCAGAUCUGCAAGAUGCGGCGCUGCGAGAAGCUCACCGAGAAAAAGCACCUCCUGGCGUACCUCAGCGACCCCGACGGUGCAAGCGACUGCAACAGGAGAGGGAGAGGCAAGCCGUCCAGGACGCCGUCGGGCUACCGAAACAAGGCCCGCCCGUCGGUCGGAGGCCCCCAGACCCCCCAGUCCUUGCCGCAGCCCCAGACGCCGACGCCCCAGGCGCAGCAGCCGGGGCAGGGCGCCCCAGUGCAGAGCGUGGUCCAGCCGGACCAGUCCAUGCUCGGCAACGUGUCUGAACAGCCGAAUCCCCCAGUCAUGCCAUUCUACGGCAACAACGUACCCGGUCAGCCUGGCAGUCAGAUGGAGUCAGUCGCAGGGUUUGGACCCCCUCCCAUGAGGGACCGCUUCGGUGGUUGGCCUCCCCAACCUGGUGACCCGGGCACUCUCAAUGGAUUGUCCUCCUGGUCACCAGCCCCUCCGCAGAGCCACAACUACAUUCAGCAGGUUCCUCCCCAUCAUCCUCCCCCGCAUCAAAUUGAUGAACUAAGACACUACCAUCCUCAAUAUGCUGCAACCCCAGCCUAUCAGGGUGCUGGUUACCAGCAGCCAUUUCUUGUAGAUCCCUCUCAGAAUCCAGCCUUCCAGCAGCAGCCUCAGGCUCCACAGACACCACAAACUCAACUGCCGUAUGGCACACCAACGAGCCAACCUCCAUCUUCACCCGCUCAGCCCCCUCUUACCCCUCGCAGUAACUACUCUCAGGCUCACACACCUCAGCCUUCUCCAACUCCACAUCAAGUGAAUGGCAUCAAUGGCAACAUUCCCCAAAGAAAUGGUGUUAAUGGAUCAUACUUGGAUGCAUCCCCAGUGCAGUCUAUGGAGUAUGUCAAUGGAUCAUACACACCAUCUCAGGAAAAUUCAAUGGCACCACCAACUACGCCUACUCCUACAAGUCGUAGUAGUUCAGUGCACAUGGACACUGGUGACUCCAAUGGUAACAUGAGUGUCAACGGAUCGAGUCCCCACCACGGUAUGAAUGGUACCAUGAAUGGGCGCAAGACCCCCUCCCACAACAGCAACGCGCCCGGUUCGGGAAACGCGAUGCCUGGAUACCCGCUUCAUCAAGCUCCCCCACAACUAAUUCAGCAGAGUUUACACAACUCUAGUGGGUAUCCAGGCCAAGAUAUUUCUUCGGGAGCAGCAGGAGAAAAUGGCAUGUCUUCUCCUCUGUGGAAUAAUUCAAAUGCGCCAACUACCAGCAUUAACAAUCAUCAGCCCAAUAACAACGCUGGAAGUGCCAACGCAAAUGGAAACACAAAUGCAAGUGCUAAUAGAUCUGUCUGGAAUGGUGGUGGACAAGAUCGGCCUCCGAGUUCCCUUGGGCACUCCCCCAAAAUGGACUCAAGUCCUCACCAACAUUAUCAGCAGGAUCAAAGCAACAGUAAUAGCACCAGCCCAGUUAAUAGUCGCUUGAAGACCAUGAUUUUGAACAAGCAGCAACAGCAGCAGCAACAGCAGCAGUACGGUCAGCAAAUGCAACAGCAGCAGUAUGGCCAGCAAAUGUAUGGGCAACAGCAGCAGCUAACAUCACCUGGUGGAGAAAGCAAUGGACAGCAAAUGAUGAGUCCUCCAAGACACUCAGACCAGUAUGGUCAGCAAGCACAGCAAGGACACCAUAGCAGGCCUCCGUCGAGGCAGUCCCCCAACCCCUCUCAAAAUACUGCAGGUCAUUUUUUAGUCGAAGGCCACCAUCUUCAGAGAUCAGUGAUCCCUGAAGGUGGUGGCAUCUGGGAGUGGGGAAGUGAUAAUUUACAUGGAACUAAUUUAAAUCCUGUGUCGGCCAUGGAAAAUUUUGUUAAGUUUGCUGAACUUGGUGAUGGUGGAGGAGAGGGAUCAAACAGUGUGAAAGGAUUUCAAGGAGGCCAGUUGGGGUUUCAAGGAAUGAAAAGUGAAACAACUGUAAAGAGCGAAUCAAAAACAGAUGACAUAUGGAGUCAUGAAAAGUCGCAGUAUGAAAGGAUAUCAGAGCAGAAUAGCAUUCAAAACACAAAUGAUUUUUUUCUUAAAAAGACCUUGAGCCUAGGUCAUUACAGCAAUGAGGAUGCAACCUCUGAUACUAUAAAAAUUAAAGAGGAGCCUUACCUUUUUCGGGGUGAUGGCGGCCCCAUAUCACUGGAGAAAAUAUCUGGUGCGUGGUGUUGCCGCCAAGGAGGAACUGAUAAACCAACCCCAGAGCAUUUACGGGAUGGUUGCUGUCCAGGCCAAGGGCUUCAAACACUUGAUGAGGUGGUGGAUUCUGAAUCGGAGAAACCUAAAGACAAAAAUGGUGAUCAGUGGAGCCCAGAGACUUUGCCUUCUGGCACAACGAAGGAUUUUCAAGACCACUUAGACCGACUUAGAAACAAUGUACGAACUGAGGUGCCAGACUGUGACUGUUUCCCUGCCGAUAAACUACCUCCAGAACCUGGUUCUUAUUACACGCACUUAGGUGCAGCCAAGACCUUACCAGAGUUGCGGUGCCAGGUUGAGGAGAGAUCUGGUUUCAAAGACAAAGCUGUUCGGAUAGAGAAAGUACUUUAUACUGGCAAAGAAGGGAAAACUACGCAGGGCUGUCCCCUUGCCAAAUGGGUCAUUCGACGAUCAUCAAUGGAAGAAAAAAUUCUUGUGAUAGUAAAACAUCGGCAGGGUCACAAGUGUUCAACUGCCUGGAUUGUUGUUGUACUUGUGGCUUGGGAGGGUAUACCCAUCCAAGAAGCAGAUCAUGUUUACACCCUCUUAUCCAACAAGUUAAAUCGCUUUGGUCUCCCUACAACUAGGAGGUGUGCAACAAAUGAACCUCGCACUUGUGCCUGCCAAGGACUAGACCCCAAUUCAUGUGGAGCAUCUUUUUCAUUUGGAUGCUCUUGGUCAAUGUAUUAUAACGGAUGCAAGUACGCCCGUAGUAAAACAGUUCGAAAGUUUAGAUUAUCAGUAAGAUCUGAGGAACAAGAAGUGGAAGAAAGGAUGCAUAGUCUUGCCUCCCUGGUGUCACCUCUUUAUCAGUCCUUAGCACCAGAAGCAUUCCAGAAUCAAACCCAAUUUGAGCGGGAAGCAUCAGAAUGUCGUUUGGGUUUCAAAACUGGAAGGCCAUUUUCUGGGGUCACAGCUUGUAUAGAUUUCUGCGCCCAUUCGCACAGAGAUUUGCACAAUAUGAAUAAUGGAUGCACAGUGGUCGUCAGUUUGACUAAGCACCGUAGUUUGUCUAAGCCCGACGAUGAACAACUGCAUGUUUUGCCCCUCUACAUAAUGGACGACUCCGAUGAGUAUGGGAGCAAAGAGGAUCAAGCUGCCAAAGAGAAAUCUGGGGCCAUUGAAACAUUAUCCAAGUACCCAUGUGAGGUCCGCGUUCGCUCCGUUCCCCUGCAGCCCUGCCGGCGGCACGGCAAGAAGAGAGGCAAGGAGGAGGAGCCCCUGACUGAAGGCACUGCCGGCACCACCACCGUGAAAAAGGAACCGGGCACGUUGAAGAGCCAAGGGAACUGCGCGCAGGGAAGUGCCAGAUCUGGAACCAAUGCAACAUCCUGUCAACAGAGCCAGAGCCCUGGCAACGCUGGCAUGUCGCUUGAAAUGGCCAUGGAAGCUAUGGAAGCCCAACUUCAAAGCUCACAGGUCACUUCCACAGUUCUGGACAGCCCAGUCGCCAUGUACCAGGGCUGGGGCUACGAGGCUUGGCCCCACGCCGGCCGCGCGCCCGGGCCUGCGGCCCACGCCUGGAUGGGUGCCGACGGACAGCGCUGGCCGGACUACGCGCACCCGACGCGGACCUGCCUAGAGCGCGCGGACGCGGACAGCACCACGGCCGUGGCGUCCUGGGCCACGUCGCUCUCCCCCGCACAACCCGCGGCCAGAAGGGACUCCCUCGCCGGGCACUCGUUGGCCUGGGAAGGGGAGUCAUCGUCACCGUCAUCGGUGCUCGCCAAGAGCACCUCGUGCACCAAACGAACCGAGCCAGAAGAGGCUAUGUCCUCGAGCCACAGGCUCUCCGCGUCGUCGGCGUCCUCGCUGAACCGCCACGACGCCCAGUCGCCGUCCUUCGACCUGCCGACCUCCGCCUUCUCCCCGUCGUCCGUCGCCGACCUGGGGUCCGCACCGACAGACCCCCUCGGCGAGGGCGACAAGUCCAGUGGGCGGCAGCAGCAGAAGAAGGCGUCGUCGUCAUCGUCGUCCUGCUGGGGGGAAGGGGGCGACCCUCCCUCCCUUCAGUGGGAUGGCAGCACGCCGUCGUCUCCCUUCAGAGUGCCCAAGGCGCGUCACGCCGCCACCGCCGCUGCCGCCACGCCGUUCGAGACCCCCAAGCUGGAGGCUGGUGCCGUGGCCACCGCGCCGAGUGCGCAGUGGGAGACGGGGUCGGCCUUCUCGAGCACGGCCAGCUCGGCCAGCCCGGGGGCGGCGGCGAGUGGCGGCCAGUAUGGAUCAAAGGGCGCCGGGACAGAGAAGUUCUGGAUGGCAGGGGACUGCGCCCUGUCUGGUGGAGCGUCCAAAUCGCUCGCGUUUGGAUCACACGGCUUGAAGCAAGAAAGCAUCUUCGAUGACCCCAAACACCUCAGUGACUACCAGGCCUUUGGCGCGCACGGAGUGCACGGAGUGCACAACACUGCAGUUGCGAGUGCGGCCAACCCGUUUGCCUGCUCGAUGCCAGGGCCAGGCCUUGGGCCAGGCUCUGCCUAUGGGUACGGCUACGCGUCUAUGUUCCCAGAAUCGAAGGGGUUCAAUGCCGGUUGGAGUGAUCCUUAUGUGGACCCACACUACGCACAGUUUCAAGGUCCGGCCAUGAAUUUAAACUCACUUUACGGUGGUGCGACGAGUCCAUAUCAUUCUGCUUCGAGCUACAUGCCCCCGGCCAUGGCCACACCGUAUGGGUUUGUGCCAGCCACCCGUUGGGAUUUAUAUGCCCCCCCACCAUACUUUCCAGUUGUUCCUGAAACACCCAAAGCUGAACCCAUUGGGGAAGUUACAGAUUUUGUUGACAAUGAAGAGUGUUUUAAGGAUUCACAAAUGGGAGGUGUGGCUAUUGCUUUGGGCCAUGGCUCUGUCCUCUUUGAAUGUGCAAAGCAUGAAAUGCACGCUACAACUGCCCUCCGUAGGCCUAAUCGUCUUCAACCUACCAGGAUUAGUCUGGUGUUUUAUCAGCACCGAAACCUGAAUCGUCCCAAACAUGGUUGGGACGAGUGGGAAGAAAAAAUGAGAUUACGCAAGUUGGGUGUCUCCACCAAUACUACAGGCACUAGCACCUCCAGCUCAAGGCCUGCUACACCUAUCCCUACAAGUCACGUGUCUGCUCCUGCCUCCGCAGAACCUCUACCCUGUAAGCCAGUGAGCUUAAAACGUUCCUCUCAAUUCAUGAUGAGGACCCCCACCUUUACUACCACAACGUGGACAACUUUAUUUCCCAUGCACCCUUGUGUGGUAACAGGUCCUUACCAAGAAGGCUCAAUUGUAGGCUAGCUUACAAAACAAAAGCCUUGUACCAAAGAUUGGAAUGAAUUUCUUGUGUCUGAUGCUAGUGAUGCUGAAUGCCUUUCUGAACUGUUGAAGCUCUAGGAGUCAUCUCAUUGUUAGAAGUAGUGGGAUUGGGAUGCUAGUAGGUUGUUGAUUGUUCCUUUAAUCACAUAUUGUAUUGCCUUUUCUCCAGCUUAUUGCCAAAGAUGUUAUUUUCUCUCUCAAGCUGUGACAUGAAGUAAACUGCUGAUGUUCAGUUACUGCAUUUGCCGCCUUUGUGGAUAUACUGAGUGAGCAAGUGGAUAGGUAUACAAUAGUAAGCAAAAUGCAGUUGCCAAAAGUGUCAUAUUUUUGUAUCAAUUAUGUAUUAGUUACAUCUUUAUUGCCCAAUACCAUGUAACAUGCAAUGCGAUCUUAAUGUCUAGUACAAGAAUUAAAUCGUUUUGUAUUGUACACUUAAGGACAAAUUUCAUUGUAACUGGUAUACCUGUUCUAUUUUUUUUAUUAUUUAUUUUAUCAAUUGCUCAUCUUUGAGCCUGUUUUCAUUGAAUGUGAAAAGUCAUAGGAUUAAGGUAAAAUUCUCGUAGGAAAUACUGAGUCAGUGUACAUAAAUAUAUAAAUAUAUAUUCAAAAAAAAUAUAUUAACCAAUGAACUUGCGAUAUGUUGAUUGCAAUAUUCUGUUCUUGCGUUGUUGCAAGAUGCUUGUUGUGUAUGAGGUUAAUGAUGAGAGUGACAUUACUACUUUUAUUUUUGACCUCAAGGAGAUGAUUCUAUUUUAGAACAAAACUUCAGUCUAAAACUAAAGGAAAUGGAUUCAUAUUUUUGACAAAAGUUGAUAUGAGAGAGGAAAAUAUUUUUAGGUUGUUGGUCAUAGAAUGUGAGAACUUAAGUGAGUGCAAGCUAGUGUGAUUGUGUCUGUAUAUAUUGAUAUAAGAGUGUUACAAUGAGAGUGAAAGUUUUCUUUUCCUGUUUUUGUUUUGUUUUAAUUUCAGCUCUUGCAUUUAUUCGCCCACCAUAUCCCCCAGAAAAGUAGGAGAUUCUGUUUGUGGCAUGUGUCUGUCUCAUUUAAUGUUAUCAUUAUAACAAAGCUCCUUCUGUAUUUCUUUGCUCAAAUUUAUCUGAUUGUGCCAUUUGAGAUUGCAUCUAAAGCCAAGCAAUCUGAGCAAAGUUAUAACAACACUGCUGUUUUAGUCCUGGUAUGGCCCUUACUUCUGCGUGCCAAAAAGCUUCUGCUUUAGCUAGUCCUCUGCUUCAGCCCUCUAGUAUGUUAAGAUGAAAUAGAUUCGCUGAUGAAUUCUUAGGAAUAUCAUUUGUCACUGCCAAUGCAUUCUUACUCCAACACUUCAUUUUCACUGCCAUUUUUUUUUUUUUUAAAUUAUUUUGAAAUUGUAAAGUGCUAUUGAAUUGGCGUAAAAUAUUUCAAUCUACAAUUAAUUAUUGGUCUUGGAGUUAAGGUGUGAACUAUGAUCUCACAAGCAUGUGCCAUUCAGCUUGUUAAGGCAUUUUAUGAGUUUUUAUCCUCAGUCACGCUUUUGCAAGAGCCUAUGCCCAAUGCUCCAUCUUCUUUAAGGUGUUUUUUUCUUUUUCACAUAGCAAACAAAUGUCUCACAUCAUCUUUGCUGAUAUAACUAUUACCUUAAUUUCUAGACUGAACUUAACUUUAGGUUAAUCUAGCUUGUAAUGAUUUUGUUUGUUUGUUUGUUUGUUCAAACAGCUCUUUUGACUUGAAUUUUUAGGACUUGUGUGUUUUGUACAUAAGAAUAUACUCUCAUCAUGGGCUAAUGGCACGCAGAUAGUAGAAGCUACCAUCAGGGUCAGCAUCCUCAUUCCAGAUACAAUCUUUUUAUAAGUUGACUAAGAUGAUAAAUUUACUCUAUACCCCUGUAAUCUCAAUGUAGGUGAUUGUCUACAUUUACAUCCUUGUUUCUGUUUGCAUGAUAUUAAUUACAAAAAAAAAUCAUUAGUUUGUGGACCUAUUUUCAUGAUCUGAGUGCAAAUAAACUUUCCAUGGAAUCAAUGUAUAACUGAAUCUAAGUUGAACUGUGGAUCAUUGGGGUGGAAAUUAAGGUCCUCCUUUUCUUUCCUUCCGAUUUCUUUCUUUUGUAACCCCUCUCUCAGGUCAGCGUAUGUUGUGUUUGUACAUAUACAAUACUUUGUAUCUUAUUUAACUAAUUAUUUAUUUAUUUCUAUUGAAUUUUUUUGUCAAAUCUAGUGAUGGUAUCCUUAUUUGGAAUUAUAAGUAGUAUUUAUUUUCAGCCAUUUUCUUUUUCUUCAUUUUGAUUUAAAAUUACACUUUGAUUGUUCCUGUUUUUGUUUCUGUGGUAUAUAUAUAAAUAUGAUUGUAUGUAUAUCUUCUUACUUUCUCAAUCAAGGCAUAUCUUAGAGCAUUCUGCUCUUCAACCAGCUUCUAUUAUGGAGUGAUUCAUUUGUGAUUUUCAAUUUUAUUAGUGGGAAUUUGAAACGAUCUAAGUCAGAGUAUGUUUUCUCUUUCUCAGGUGUAAAUGAUCUUUUUAUGUUUGUGAUGAUAAUGUAAACCAAAUACUAAUGUAGUUUGGCUUUGCCUCAAGUACAUAUAUCGGUUCUGUUUCGUUUAAGUCACAAUCUUGAUUUCUUUCAGUCACUUUAUUAAAAUCACUCUUUCUUUUUGCUGUUGAUGAAAUACCAUCACACAGUGCUGAAUACUGCUUGUGUGUUGAGAAUGUAUGUAACAUUCAUGUAUUGUUUAACUGGUUGCCAAGUGAUGAGAUUAUGAUGCAUACUCACUUGCACUUCUGUUUACAGCACUUGUCAUAACUAUCGCACAGAUGCUAGGUGUGUCCCUUUCCUUGAUAUUUUUUUUUUCUGUUAGCUUUUUGAUGACCUUUGUCAGUUCAUUCUGCCAUAACUGAAGGUUUUUGUUUAUGUAAGAGAAACAAAUAUAAGUGCCAAUAAGCGAAUGUGAGUGGUAGUUUGAGACCCCCUCGACCCUUGUAGACUGUUCUGAAUAUCUUGCGUUUUUUCCUAAUAACUGUUGUAAUGAUUGAUGCCCUCAUAGGGUCCUUUCAGUUUUUUUCUUUUAAAUUAAAUUUCUCAAACUGAAAAGGAAUUGAUACUUAAAAUGUGGUUGGCCACUUUUUAUUUUGCUCUAGUUAUAAAAUAUUAUAAAUGAAUGUUCUUGAGUGGUAACUAGUGGAGUUAAAAUUUAUCUAUUGUUGCCAUUCACACAAUGGAGAGUUAUACAGUAUCUUGGUAUGUCUGAGACGGUAUCAGAGAAUAUCUCAGAUUAUUAUUAGGUUGAACCAGUAAGGAUACCUGUUUUUGGCAUUUGUUUCAUCAACAUAUAUUUUUGACACAAAAGAAUGAGCUUUGUAUUAAUCUGAAAGACUAACUGGAAAUUUUAAAUUUUUAAAUUUAUUUAAAUCUGUUAAUGUAGUCACUCUUUUUGUACUGUGCGUUAGAUGCUCUUAGUGUUCUGCAUAUGUAUUUGCUUUAAUGAUUAAUACUGUACAAAAGCAUGGGGGCUAUUGAUUCAUGGCAAAAGAUGUUACUAGUAAAUUAUAUGGAUGAUGUAAGGAUAUCUCUGUGACCAAAUAGAAUCAAAAUGCUAGGCAAGUUAACAAAUUGUCUAAAUUAUGGGGAACUUGAGAAGUAAGAGAAUACUAAUGGAAGUUGUUACCUUCUGCCCUCGUAUUCCAAUCACAAAGUGUUUUUAAAGUUUAAAGAAAUUAAGUUAUUAUGAGAAUCAUAGACGUAGAUUUUAGGGCCUGUUGUGAAAACUCCUGUCUUCAUGUGCUAGGUGUACUUGUUUUAAUGUGAAUAUAGCAACAUUUGUGGAAAACCAUAA